AUGUCAGCCAAAAAUACUCUAACGAUUCACCCUUCUCUCGCAACCGUGUCCCAGGCGUGGGAGGUGUAUCCCGAGGAUUUCUAUCCCGGUGGUUCCUAUGCUGAACUUCCAUUCGGUCGUACACGCUAUUGGCUCUUGGGUCCUGAGAUGGGAAGGAAACUGGUUCUCAUCCACGGCCUUUCCAUCCCAUCCAUCGUAUGGAAGGACAUCGCACCCCAGUUGGCAGAACGUGGAUAUCGUGUCUUGAUGUACGGUCAGUCGUCUUUCUGGAUGGGCGAUAUGUCUACUCCCAAUACCACGCGUUUCUUUGCAGAUCAGUUCUCGUUCUUGAUGCAACAUCUGAAUUGGGCGAAGGCCAUAUUAAUUGGUUUUUCCAUGGCAAGUCAACAGGCUGGUGGUGCGGUGGCUGCCGGAGUGGUUUAUCAUUUUCCGCACCUCGUUGAAGACCACAUCGUCCUGAUCGCACCAGCCGGUGUUUCGAGGUUAAGUGAAUUACCUCCGGACUUGAAAACACCACCUCCGAGUAUGGUGCACCGUACCAUUCCUGCUGUUCCUAGCACAUCACGAUUGUUGCCGGAUCCCACAUCUGAAAUUGUACACCUCCAAUGCACCCAUCUGACGGGAUUCAACGAUGCCAUUUCCUCGUCGUACAAAGAGGGUCCAGUACGGGCAAUGGCAUACGCAUAUCAGUCGGACACUUUUAACGGUCACGAAGUCUUACACCUUCACGGAACCAACGACCGAGUCGUGGCAUAUGGAGCCGCAAGCAACAUACCGACCCUGCUACCGGACGGUGCACAUGUCGAGCUUGUAACAAUCGAAGGCGCUGGUCACGAUUUGACUAUCAGUCAAGCUAAACUCGUAUUGGAAGAGUUGGAUAGGUUUUUGCCCCAACCAACUGUAUAA